GAGAAGAGUGGUGUUUGACAAUUUUCAGUCUUGUAAACAAAAUGUCAUUAAAAGUUUGACUCGGCUGUAUAGUCUUUUUCAAAAUUAUAAACCAGCAAGAUCUUAUAAUCAUGUAUUACUUAUUCAAUCUGGCCAUGGAAAUGUCUACUUUCAGUUUGUAAGUUGAGGUCGACUCCGCCCACCUACGUAACGCUUGGAAACAUGUCAACAAAUACAGCCAAGGCUAAAUCCAAACUGAAGCAACUUAUUAGAAGGAAGAAAAAAGCAAGUCAUGUUGAAAGGGAGCCAAGUGAUGGCCAGAUAGUUGUGUCUCUUAAAGUCCCGACUUUACCAACUAGUAAACCAGAUAUAAACCAAAGCGAUUCAAACAAAACCAUCACAGAUAAGAAAAAAGGAUCAAGAAGUAAACUAAAUAGUAAGAAGAACACACCAGGGAAGAAACAAUCAAGAAGAUUUAGUGAGGGUCGCGAAGUAGAAGACCAAGUGUUACGUAGUCCCAGUCGCCUUGGUUACCGAGAAGAAAUUCCAAUUAUUGUUGAAGGUUCAUGGGAAAAUACAUCACAAGAUUCAAACAGGGAAGAUUUCAAUUUCCUUGACUUAAAAGAUAUAACAACAGAUCAGGAUCAAGAACCUCAUGGUAAAGAUUUAGCUAAGGAAAGUCUUCCAAUAGAAACCAGGGAGAGUGGACAGCAAACUGACUUCCCUGUUACUCCAACUACCCCAGCAUUACCGUCAUCUGAACGUAAAGAACCUCGAAGUGCACACUUUGUUUCAUCUCAUAAAUUCUUACUUGAAAAGGGCAGUUCACCUAAAAAUCCUUACGAGAAAACUGUGUUCUUUGUCAAAUCAUCCCAAAACGGUCACUUAUCAAAGACAGCUAGUCCUGGAGUGACAUACACAACAGGUCAGUCAAGGACAUCAAAAGAUAUCAAUAGAACAGUAAGUGUAAGUCCACCAACAAGAGUUGACUCUGGUUACGACAGUCAUCCUGAAACUAUAAGAAUACCUGCAUCACCUUCGAAAUCUAGGGUACCACCAUAUUCGGAUCGUAACUCUACCACAGCAUCUUCCAGAUACACCUCACCUGGUAGACACAUCACUAGAACUAUAAACGACAGAAAUAUUUCUUAUGAUUCAAAUCGCGUAAAUUCUGACAGUAAGACUGAAGUGAAGUCACCAAUCAUGAAUUUUUACGGCACUGACAUUAUUUCGCCAAUGUCAUCAGCAAGAAAGCAGGAGAAAGAGGACCUCCAGAUGCUGAAUGAAAGGUUCUCAACAUACAUACAAAAGGUUCGUCUUCUUAGUGAACAGAAUAAUAGGCUUGAUGCCAGUACGUUUGUGAAACAGACGAGAAUAUUGGAGGAGGAAGUAGCAAAUCUUAAAACACUGUAUGAAAGAGAACUUGAUGCUAUAAGACAAGAGCUGAAUGCGGUUAACAGGGAAAAAAGUAAUUAUCAAUUACAAUGUGAGAAAAACAAACAAGCAGCAAUAGACUUUGAAAGCAGAAUGGCAGUGGAGACAGAUAAAAAUCGGCGCCUGAUGGAUGACAUAAAUCAGUUACAACAGAAAAACAAUAGUCUGGAAACUGAACUGAUGAACAUACGCCAAGCAGGAGAUGGUCGCUCUGAUUUCAUGCAUCUACAACGGGAAAUGGACAAAAUUAUACGAGAAAAUGAGGACCACAAAAGAAGGCAAGAACAAGAAUCUCUUAUACGCACGGAAGCUGAGGACAGGUGCCACACCCUAACUAAAAAGCUCGAGUUUAAUGAGCAAGUUCACGCUCAACAGAUCGUGGAGCUCCGUGAAAGGUUCGAACAAAGUCAGGCUCUUGUAAUCAGCCUUGAAUCACGACUCUCUCAGGCAAUAAAGAAUGACAUAGCUAUUCCUGAAGUACUCAAACAGGUCCGGGAACAAGCCGAACAUGAACUCAAACGAUACCAGCUUGAAUCUGAAGAAAAUUAUACAAGAAACAUAUCUGCAUUAAAAUGUCAAAUGGACAAUGAUGCCCACAACAUAGAGAGAUUGUCAAGUGAGAAAUCACAAUUGCAAGGUCAGAUAGGAGAACUCAAUGCUAAAAUAAGGAACUUGGAGGGACAGGUAAUGACUUUAGAACAUCAGCGAGGGACAGUAGAAGAUCUGAUCAAGCAAGAACGAGAUCGCUCCUCACAACAACUGCAGGAAAUGAAUCUAAAACUCCAUGAUAUGCAGGAGCUUGUUUUCACCAAGAUGCGUGAAGCGAGUUCAGAGAGAGAUCUGCAUGUUCCCCUGAAAGCUGAGAUUGAGGCCAUAAAGAUUCUGUUGGAGGAAGAAGAAAGAAGAUUGCAGUUAAGGUUACCUAUGCCAUUUCCUGUACUAAAAGGAAUGAAUACUAGUCCUUUACUAAAGGUAAUGUAUACUAGUCAUGUACUAAAGGAAAUGAAUACUAGUCCAGUACUAAAGGAAAUGAAUACUAGCCCUUUAUUAAAGGGAAUGAAUACUAGUCCUGUACUAAAGGAAAUAGAUACUAGUCCUGUACUAAAGGGAAUGAAUACUAGUCCAGUACUCAAGGGAAUGAAUAUUAAUCCUGUUCUAAAGGAAAUGAAUACUAGUCCUGUACUAAAGGUAAUGAAUACUAGUCCUGUACUAAAGGGAAUGAAUACUAAUCCUGUACUAAAGGGAAUGAAUACUAGUCCAGUACUAAAGGGAAUGAAUACUAGUCCAGUACUAAAGGAAAUGAAUACUAGUCCUGGAAUGAAUACUAGUCCUGUACUUAAGGGAAUGAAUACUAGUCCAGUACUAAAGGGAAUGGAUACUAGUCAAGUACUAAAGGAAAUGAAUACUAGUCCUGUACUAAAGGGAAUGAAUAUUAGUCCUGUGCUAAAGUUAAUGAAUACUAGUCCUGUACUAAAGGAAAUGAGUAUUAGUCCUGUACUAAAGGGAAUGAAUACUAGUACUGUACUAAUGGGAAUGAAUACUAGUCCUGUACUGAAGGGAAUGAAUAUGAGCCCAAUACUAAAGGGAAUGAUUAUAAGCCCAAUUAUUAAUUUUAAUGUGAUCGAUAUAGACAUUUUUAAAUCAUCAAAAAUGAAGAUUCGUCAGCCUACAUUGUUAAUGUAUAGUGACAACUUAAAGUUUAUAAAGAAGGAUAAUGUGAUACGAUUAGCUAAAUUGAGACAGGAAGUUUGCCCAGGGGAUGAAAUUGUGAUAAAACCUUUGAGAUUACAGCUCCCAAUAACUGCAACUCACCCACUACCCCAGACCUUUAGUACAGGAGUCCCACUGACCCUCCCCGCAGUCUCAGCCCCCAUCAGUCAACCACAGCCAGACUAUGUCUCAUCUCCAACACAGCUCCACACUGCCACAGAAAAUGCAUUUGCUACCCAAAGUUCAGCAUAUACUCAACAAUAUGGGGAGCAGACAUCUCAAGGGGAGCCACUCUUCACUCAUGUACCCAUGCAAAGCUCCACAGACCCAGGUUCAACAGACUUCAUAGGUGCUUCCAAGUACACAUAUGAGACUUCACCAAGUUUGAACCGGUUACAGAUUGACUCCCCACCGAGAACAUCGCCUCGAGCCAUCGGGCCUAUUUCUAGAGCAAAAUCUGCACCAGUGAGACCAGGGUCAUCUGUUCAAGUUGUGCCAACAAAGUUAGGCCAGGGGAAGGACUAUUUUGAUGAAAUGUUCAGGGACCUUACUAGAGAAACUCUGUACACACAAACACGCCCUAAAAGUAGUCCUAUGGAAAGGCCUCCAAGUGCGAAGCAAAGAGAACGUCCAUCAAGCAGAUCUGAAUUCCUUGAAAUGGUUACUCAGCAACAGCCUAUAUUGGCUCCCUCAGCACCAGAAAUGACAGAGCAAGUAGAGAGACCACGCAGUGCUGCCUCUGAUCGGGUAGAUCCAGUGCCUGAGCCCAGACCUGCUGACCGUCCGCAGAGUUCAGUGUUCCAUGACUACACAACUUCAACAUCAAGAAUUGAACCCUUGAAGCAUGUAUCAAGUGCUGUUGGUGAUAUCAAGAUUCUGGAAGUGAACCAGGACGGGAAAUUUAUACGACUCUUCAAUGAAGGAAAACAGGAAAUAGAGUUUGGAGGCUACAUGAUACAGCAGAAUGUUGGAGGUCAUCCUGUUGCCGUGUUCCGGUUCCCACCAAGGACGAAAUUUGCAGCAGAAUGUACUAUUACUAUAUGGUCUGGUUCCCAGGAUCCUAUAGAGCACCAACCACCAAAAGAUUUUGUAUGGAGGGAACAACAGAAAUGGGGAACAGGUCCUGAGUGUACAACAAUUUUGUGUAAACCAAAUGGGCAGGCUAUAGCAUGGAUGACAGCAGCUCACAGAUUUACAAAGAACCUUUAUGAGGAUAGUUUAACAGGUUCACCAACUGAACAAGCUCCAAUACCAGACACUGGGGUACCAAUGACAAGUCAAGAUGAGAUCUUAACUGAGAUGAAUGUCAACUUGAAUGAACCUAAACCAGAACCUGUCUACCUAGCGAUGCUAAUGUUGUUAAUUUUCAGAGAGAAGCAGUCCCCACCCUCAUUGAAUGCCCAGAAACAUCCUCAUGGUACAAGUCCUGGCAAGGACACACAUCCCCACAUAGGGCAGCCACGCCCAUUCACCUAUGGCAAUGAUAAUAGCAGUGUAAACAGGCAGUCCAGAGUACAGUCAACAAGACCAGACCCCAUUCCAGGUCAGCCAUAUGCAGGGGGAUCAGCAACUAGAAUUGGAAGUGCACCACUUAGAAAAUACAAAAGUACAGCAAGUACUGGUACCAUACGAGGAAGUGGAGGAAUAGCCAAUCGCAGCGAACCUGGCAUGACCUCAGAACCUCCAAACCCCUUCCAGACCCCACACCGACGUUUCGAGAAGGGCAUGGAGCAGAUACAGUCACAACAUCAUGUUAGUUUCAACCCACCUAUGCCACGCCCACCAUUGUUCUCAACCUGGUAACCAUGACAACAUCAUAUAUACAAACACUUACAGAAACUAUGAGAAUGUAGCUCUAAAAUGUGAUGUAACAGAGGAAAAGGGGGAUUUCACUAGUCACAAGAAAAUUAUUUCAUCUUAUAUUGGCAAAACUGUUGUAACCUGCCACUUGAAUAUGUGUGUAGUUACAAUAGUUCUGUUCAGAUUUGAAUAGUUUACUGUUUCACAAAAGGACAGUAUGACUGUAUUUCACUGGUGUUAACAGUAUACAGAUUCCACUGUAUUUGAUAACUACUAACCACAAGAACAAACAAAGUUGAUUUUUUCUUUAUUUCACAACUAUCACUAACACGAUUGUCAUGAUAGACAGAAAAUGAAAAAAAAUACAAGUAGCAUGAAAUGAAAGAAUCAGUUUCUCUUUUUCAUACAAUGUCAUAUUAUUAAGAUAUUCUCACUUAGGUCAUGGCCAUGUUACCAGGAAAUUUAAUGUAGUUUUAUUUUCAUGAUAAAUCAGGACUUGUGCAUUUAUUCAUUGUACUCAGAGUUGUUGUUUUUGCUAAGGUUGAUUGUUGUUUAUAUUGUUGUUUUACAACAACAUGUAGUUUUAUUUCUGUGUUUUGAAUGCUGGUUUAUAUGUUUGAUAUACAACCUUUAUGCCAAAUGAUCAACAUUGUGCUUAUUACUGAUAGUAAGGUCAGUCAAUUAAAUUGUCAUUUUUUAAAUGAAAAAAAAACAAGCACACUCAGAGCAACCUGUCGAUGGCAAACACCAGUGAAACGGUGUUGCUGUCAAGCUAUUUGCAGAAUUUCAGCUGUGUAUAAGCUUGCAGGGAUAUGUUUACCCUACAGAUCUGAUGUUUUUUUAAUACAGAUUUGAUUGUAUUACAAAUUUCACAAUCUUUUUCAAAAUAACAAAAAAAUUGAAGAAAGAUAAUCGCUUCUUUUUGGUCUAUGAAAUUGUCAUAUAUCUAAGUAUUAGAAAUGGCUUUUUAUACAUCAAAAUGGCUUAGCAAUCACUGUUUGUGAACCUUUGGUAUUUGCGUGACCAGUAUUUUGACUGUUACUGAUAUUGUUGCAUGCUUAUAGAAAAUAGUGCUUGGUAUUUUUAAAGUGACAAGUUCAAAUUUAUUUAUUCUAUGCAAAUUUAGAGCAAAAAGGGCAAACUGUUUGCAUUAUUUGUUAUACCAGUAAUAUUAUGUAAUUGUUAUUUAAGAUAUAAGUGAACUGUUACACUGUUAUAAAUGCUUGUGAAAGGUUCCGUGAGUCACAUGCAAAGAAGUAAGAAUUCAUUUAAUAUUAAUUUUGUUUUAAAACUGAGAAAAAUGUAAGCCCAGUUGCAAAAUUUCAAACAUCUUGUGGUUUAAAAAGAAAUAGUUUGAAAGUUUUUUAUAUGUGUGGUGUAAUGUAUUCAGCUCUCGCAUGUCAUAAGUCUUGUCUGUCCAUUUAAAAUAAAAUCAAACUGCAUUUUUCUCUGUGAUAAGUUAUAUACCAUGUAACUAUGUUACGAAAAAGUUCAGACUGGGGUUCUGUAUUUGCAGUUGUCGAGUACUCUAUGUACUUGACAUUUUACAGUUAUGAGCGUAGAAUACAAAUAUUUAGUGCUUUUGUAGAAAAAAGAUUUAGACCUAUUGUUUACUUGGUACGGUUCAUUUUUGACCAUGUGCAUUGUUUCGCUCCGUCCAUUGUAGAUUUUUCUAUUUUGAGAUUUGGUUGACAUAAAAAAGCGAUUUUCUGUGAUAUUUUUGUUACUUUGUACUGUUUUUAGGAGUUAUUAUUUAAUAUACUUAUAUUUUCAUAUAUAUUAUUGUUUCAUUUGGUAUAAUAGUUAGGACAUUUAUAUUAAUUUUGCCAUUAUUCACAUGAUCAUCUUACAUGUAUGUUUAUUUUGAAGCUUUUUAUUAACUAUUCCAAUUUUAAAUUUAGUGCAUUGUUUUUCUUUUCUGUUAGUGGCAUGUUUAAGUUUGGCUUUAUUUAGACAUUUUGAUGUUGUAUUAUUUAAAGCUAUUUAAGAGGGCUUUCCUAAAAUAGUGACGUUGCUCUUACAUUUUUGAGGAAAUACCGGGCCUGUUUGUAGUCAGCUAAUGUACUGUUAUACUAAACAGCUUAUAAUGUACUAGUGAUUUUUUACAAAUAAUUCCGUUUUCAUUUAUUAAACUAUUAAUGAUAUCUAGAACAGUUUGGUUUCUUUCCUUAGUUUAUGAAAAUAAGCAACAUAUUUGUACGAGAAUAAUUAUUGUUACUGAAGCUUCAUGUAGAGAAAUCUUAUUAUCCAACUUGUAGGAAGUUAAACAUAUUAAAUAUAAUUACUAUUUUUCCAAUUAAACAGUCUUAAAGAAA